GACGAUGAUUCUUCCCUGCUCUCUCUUGGGCUGGCCCUAGUGACACUGAGCCCUAUUCUUCUCAUGGUGUCAUAUGCUUCGUUGGCAGUACAAACCCGGGAAUAUGUCAUUAUAGUGAUGUGGGCGUGGGCGGGGCAGUUUGCCUGCGAGGCCUUCAGUUGGUUGAUGAAACAGGCCGUAAAGGAGCAUAGGUCUUCAGCGCUUCAGCUUCAGGCUCUAUCGGGUGUAGGUAACGGAUACGGAUUUCCAUCCUCUCACAGUCAAUACAUGGGCUACUUUGCGACAUUUCUGAUCUGCCAUCUCUAUUUCCAACACCAAUUCGGGACAACCGGUUAUACCUUCCUCGAUUUUGCAUGGCGCCUCGUGGUCUAUUCUGCCAUUGUGAUUUUGUACUUUACUUGUUCAAAUUUACGCAGAUAUGCCCUCGGAUACCAUAACGCCCAUCAGAUUUUGUGGGGUUUCGACAUUGGCGUCCUCUUUGCCAUCAUUCUCUUUGUUGUCUCUCAGAUACUUCCGCAGCGACAACCAUCUACAAUAUUCGGCAAAUUUGAAAUGUUCCUUCUGGUGAAUCCUGUGUCCACUUGGCUGCAAAUACGUGACGGCUGGGAUGUAUGGACGGAUGGGGGUCGCGAGCACGAAUGGCUUCAAUAG